GUUUAUGACGGCGUGUGGCUCGGCCUGGCCGUGAUAUUGCAACUCGACUGCCCGUACGACGACAAACUCUUCCUCAACGCCCAUCUACACCUAUUGUUACACGAACUUCACGCCCAUAGGUCUCGUUACACGUGAAGCGGAACAGCGAGCUUGACCACCCGUACCCGUACUUUGUUUCCAGACAACUUCAGUUGAAGACGUGACGUCACAAUGAGUUCGCGAGCUCGCAGCAAGCCCUUGGCUAUUGCGGUCGUCGUCGGCUCAGUCGCGACACUAGGCUACAUGUACGUCGCGGGCACGCAGAUGAAGAGGGAGGAAGGACAGUCGUCCAUCUACAAGGAGAGCAAGGGGGCUAGCAGUCUUGGCAGCAGCGACUCGAACGACUCGCGGCUCGGCUCUGCGGGUGUUCGCGCGGCCGUGCAAGGGGACAGGAAGUCGUGACCCCCUUCAAUGCGACCAAACACAACUCGAGGCACAUGCAAGCUCAAGGGCGUGCAUAUGGGCACUCUGUACUACUAGCACGAACAUACCGACCCCACCGGCUCGGUAUUUUCUGACGAACGCAAUGUCAUUCGUCCCCAUGUCGUCCCCCUUGCGCUCCUGCUCAAUCCCCGGUCCUCGCAGCGGUUUGGGCCCUCGAAUUGGCUUAGCACAGCUGAUAGGUCUCAGAAUGACUACGAGGCUGGUCAGCGACUCGGCCC